AUGGCCGAGGAGGCAGGCGGGCGGCGUGCCGCGUGCCGCGGCGGGCAGCCCCACGCGCCGAGCGCGCCCGCGCGGAGGCGGCCCCGCGCGAGGCGCCAGCGGCAGCGCCUCCUCCGCCACGGCCUGCUGCCGGCGGCCGCCUGCUGCGCCUGCUGCGCGCUGCCCGCCGUGGGCCCGCCGGGCCAGGGGCCCGCGCUCCGGCAGGCGCGGGCGUUCGUGGCCUUCCGGGCGGCGCGGGCAGCUGGUCGACGGCCCGCGCAUCGGGCCAGAUCUGCUGGCGGCGGGGGCGGCGUCGGCGAGGACGAGGCGAAGAGGCGCGAGGCGCUCCGGCUCGGCGACAGCGGCCCGCCCACAGCGGAGGAGGAGGCAAAGGCGGGGCCGCUUGGUGCUCUCGGCGAAGAGGGGCUCUUCGACGGGGAGAAGGCCAGGGACCCAGAGGCCGCGGCCUGGCCGCGAGGGGUGCCCGCCAGCCCAGAGCAGAUCAUGGAUGCCAAGGGCCCGGGGGUCGCUCUGUUCUUGGCCUUCGUUGCCGCCUCCUGGCUGUACAUGGGCCAGUUCAUCGGAUUCCAGAAUGCGCUCGCGCUGCUCGUGGCGCUGGCGUCGGUUGAUAUUUGCACUGAACCUGCAGUUGGGGAAGUUGUGGGGCGAAGGGGCCGACCCCCUCGACCCGGGCGGGGGCGGGAUCAACCUGCAGGCCCUGGCCGUCUUCGCGUCCAUCAGCGCCCUGUGGCUGGGCUUCUACAAUUUCCUCUACGGCUACAUGCGCGACGCGCUCGUGGGUCCUUUGUUUGUUUGUUUGUUUGUGUCUUCUGCUCCUGUGGGCGUUUAGCCGGGAGAGCAAGAGAGAGAGAGAGAGAGAGAGAGAGCCGAGCAGGCCAGCGCGAGGGCCGAGCAGGCCAGCGCUCGCUACUCGCUCGGCUCGGGCUUGAUCCUGGCUUGGUGGACCAGUGGACGUCCAGGCCGCUGGGAGACAGACGAUUUGGUCGGAGGUUGUGGUCGGCGGCGAGCGGCGCUUGGCAGGCGGCUUUGCGGGCCCGCCUGGCCUCGCGCGCGGGCGCGCCUGAGGCGCCGAGCUGA